AUGCGGAUCCUAGAAGCUAGGGUUGCUUGCUUGAGGCAUCUGGCUAGGUAUCUGACUGUGCAUGUAGAUAGACACGCCAUGUGGCCUCGUGGUUUUUCCGUCUGUUUGGGAAAUAAUUAUCUUUUCCUAGAAUUUAGUUCCUUUGAAGGUUCAGUGGGGAGGUCUGUAUUGCUCUCAUCUGUGAACGCUUCAUUCGGUUGGAACAAGUCUGCUGCUCGUUUUAUUAUUUACAGCCGUUACUUCCUUGGAAAUUUGGAAUAGUUACGCUUGCUUCAAAUGCGUGCUCGUCGUCUUCGAAUGUGCAGCUCCCCUUUUGGGUGAUCUCUUCUUUCAACAAACUAAUUUCAGUAUGAGGAUAGAUCAUAAGCUGGUGGCUUUUCAUUAUGAUUUCACGCCGCAAUGCGUUAUAAUCCACUGCAACUGAUUCUUUGACAAAUGUGAAACCAUUCAUUCUUUCAUUUCUAUGUCAGAUGUCUCUUGAUCUUCCAUGAUGACACGAAGUCGAUUAUGCAUUCUGAGAAAUAAAAUGUUUCAGAAUGAGUCUGGUACCGUGGCAAACUGGAAAAUUGUCGUCGAAAUGCUUUUCAGUAUUUUCGUGCCGUUUCUUUUAUCAUUCUUUUUCUUUUUAUUGUUGGGAAUAAUCAAAUGGCUGAUAAUACUGUAGCAGUCAGCACCGAGUAACACCAGCAUGAGUUUCUACAUUUAUCAUUGGCAUGUUUUCUUGUGCCAUUUCAAAAUUUGUUGGAGACUGUUGAUGCGUUUUCUAAUAUCUGUAUCUAACGUUGCCACGUCCAACGGUAAUUUUUUUCUACAUAUUUCAUAGUUUUUUCUUCAAUUCAGUUUAUUUAUGUAGAAAACUAGUGAUAGUUCCUAACGAGAUAUCUGCAGAAUUUUAGAUGUUGAGCUAAUUGAAAUUCUGGAUAGGAAAAUGAAUUUUACUUACGGAUAAUGCAUGGCAUCAAAAGAGGAAAUAUACUAAGAUAACAUUUCAAUGUACUAAGAUAGGGUAUACGAUGGAAAAAAGAGGAAUAUUAUCACUGAGUAACAUUAUGUCAAGAAGCAAUAAAGGGAUAUCAAGAAGCAAUAACAUUAUGUCAAAAAAGAAGCAUCGUUUUAAGAGAGAGUUUAUGCAGUUGUUUGAUGACCGAGGUAAUCAGAUGGUGAAGAAAGAGAAUACUUGCUGUGGCCACAUGCCUUGGCAAUACUGGUGAGGCAGGUGAAAUGAAGAUUUAAAAUUUAAGUUAAGAAAAAAAAUUAAAAGGUACAAGAAGGGAGAAAAAUAUUUAUGUUGUUUGGGUUAAUCCAACAGUUUGAUGAAAAAUCUCCAAGCGUUUCUCAGGAAGUUCAUUAGUGUAAGUUCUAUUGGUUUCAGUCUUUUCUCUCCGUUUCAUGUGAUGAUGAAGAACCUUGUCACUUGUAAACCCUGCGUAUCCCUAAUUCCCCCACGUAGGCUCCCAUACUAAUGAAUUCUAGAAUUAAUUAAGGCAAAGUCUUGGAUGAACUAAAAUUGCGAGUCAUCAACAAGAGUUACAGCAAGUUAAUAUGAAAGAAGAUUAAGAGCAUAAAAUAACGUGGAUAUGAACUUCACAAAAUAGUUCAAAGUUAUUCUUUUCGAAAGGAUGCUGAAUUUUCUGGAACGAUUUGAUCCAGGGAUAAUAAGCUUUCUUCUGGAUUUACUCUCUAUUUUGGAAACUGGUGGGAUAUGUUUCUAUGGUAAUGUUAUGAUCUGUUUGUAUGAAAAGGAAUGACGGAAUAUUUCAAUAACCACAAGGUGUCAUUAACUGGAACUAAUGUGACGACGAUUGAAGGUCAUGAACAAUCUAUGAUGAAUUGGAUUAAGAGGAGAACGAAUCUUUUAUGUUAAUGUGUUAUUCUUGUAUUCUGUUGUCUUCUUGAAGUUUAGAAGAAUCUUUAUCAGGGGAAUUUAUUAAUUUUCCUGUAUUGGUCAUGAGUUUUAAUCCAUCCACUUGGUAAAUAACAGUGCUAUCCAUUUACUUUUGAAAAAGUCUUUAGGGCAAUUGACCCACGGGGUCUUGCUAUACUUUCUUCUUUUGUUCAACUGUUUUUUCUUUCAUUUCUCUUUUUUACAAAUUCACUAGUGCUAAGACAGUGACAACUCGCUCUUUUUUGUUUCCCCUAUUUCGAACUUUGUAUUCGUGUCGCGGUUCACUAUUUUGUUAGAGGUUGAUUAGCAGGUUAUCCGGGAAAACAAGCCCUCUGAAUGACCCGAGCCCAAUGGAUGUAAAAAAUAUUCCAAAUUAGCCUAUUAGAUCUUAUCUCAUGGCAUAUAUUCUUCCGAGUCUUACCUCAUACAUGAAACCCAAUGGCCUAGCCAUGGAUCCUCCUAAUGCUGUGUAAGUGUGAUCCUUCUUUGUAACUUCAUCUCAAAACUAGUUAUCAUGUGAAGAAGGUCAAUGCAAUGAGACCCCAAAAUUUGUAAUUUAUCUCUCGAUGUAGGAUUUUAAUUACAUCACACCUUAUGUGCUAGCCACUUUUGGGUCUCAUCACACGGACAAGAAAUAAUGGAAUCAGAAACGAGGUGUGCAGCUUGUGAACAAAAAUCAGGUCAUCCAUUUCUUUACGAAUUGGCUGUAAGUGGAUUCGAUAUGAUCAGAUUCUGAAAAAACUUUUGACCAAUACUGUCAAUAAUAAAACACAAUUCAAAUAUGUAUCUAGUGCUAAAAUAGCCAGAAACUCAAGGAAAAGUAAAAAUUGAGCAAAAAAGCACUUUCUCUGGGCUGUUUCUAUGUAGCAUGUAGAUUUGUAAAUUUUCACAAUAGUAGCCAUAACUGAACUGUAUACUAUAAGCUCUACUGCUAUACAGACACGGUCAUUCGCCUCCUUGAAUUACUUUUCGAAGAUUACUCUGUUCCUUUCCAAAUUAAUCGGUAAAUUGUGGGAAGCAGAACUAACAAUUCUUAUGCUUCUGAUUCGUGAUCAGACUUGCGCUUCAUCAAUCUGUGAACCCCUAAAAGCUCUACCACUUCAGUUUUUACCAUCUCCUUAAUAUCUUCCUGGGAAGUUGUAACAGGAAGAUAUCAAAUCUGUACACUAAAAAGUAGAUACCCCUGUUAUUUUCUAUAGAACACCUGUUGUUCCGUAAGAUCCGGACAUAGGGCUACUUUAUUUGUUUGCCAUAUCUUCACAAGGUGUUUAUUGGAUUAUGACUGCCAGUUGAUCUUGUAACUAGGAAGCAGCACAGGAAGAUAUUAGCAAGAUGCCAACAAUUGAAGGGGCACAGCUAUCAGGGGUUCACAGAUUGAUGAAGAGCAAGGCUGAGAACAAUUCAGCAGGAGAAGAAGGUGAGCUAUCAAAUAUGUACACUAUAAAGUAGAGAACCUCGUUAUGACUUCUACACAAUACCGAUUGUACUUUUGUCUUCUCCUAACCUGACCAUGGGAGUAGGGAUGAUUACCGACACAUCUUUCCACUCCGCUAAUAUUCCUGUUUUGGCGAUUCAGUUUGUAUCGAAUCGCCUUGAUUUGCAGUGGAAAUAUCUUGUUCGAUUAUUUGAUGACACUCCUUGCCUAUGAUGCUGAAUAAAUAUUUUAUUGUCAUAAAAUCUAUGCUCCUCUUUGGCUGUUCUGCUCGUGCUGUGGACCUUUUUUAUGCGAUGUAAUGAAAUUUUCGGCAAGAUUUCAUUACUUUGAGAGCAUAUAUUUGUUAUAUAUUUUUAUUUACCGCUCAAAGUCUUCUUUAUCUGCCAAGCUUUAUCCAGGAAUUUACCCUGUCUGUGGUUAUCUUCUCACCUAGAGCCCAUGGUAUUUGAAAAACUUGUCAUAGUCCUGAAAAUGCUAAUUGCUACGUUGGAGAACUGCGUGGGUAUUAUUUUUUUCUGGCCGAUAUCUACGAGUUAAAGAAUCGUACUCAGAAAGACAUGUCUCCCAUUACUUGUAUUUCUUGUUAUCGAGAAUGGUCAUGAGAUUUUACUGUUUCGGUUGAUCUUUGUUCAAAAAAUUAGAAGACCGCUCAUUCUUCAUCCAUGGAAAAACCAUUCUCCUGCCAGUUCCCUGUUUGAAUGGCACGGCUCAAAAUGAUGUUGCACUAAAUUUAACUAUUUCAGAAGUUUCAUUCGUCGUAAUCAGAGGAUUUACUUAUAAACAUAUUUGUUCUUGUGAUUGGUGAUUCUUGAUUAGCUGCUCCUGGGGUAUUCAUUUUUGUUUGUUGUAUUCCCCAAAUUGUCCACAGAAAACUGAGGUUUAAAGCUGGUAGGAUCUCAACGGUGACGCUCUUCAAAAUCUCCUGGGAAGAUGCUGGCACAAAAACCUCAUGAGUUUGCCUGCUGACUCAGAAAAACGAAACUCUCUGGUUGCAUUCCUGUAAGCAGUUUCUUUUCUCCAUUGUUUUUUUCUCAGAAAAAUAA